AUGAAGUCGAUAUUCUUACUUUUUUUCUUAAUUAAGUUAAUAUCGUGUACACCAACACCCAUUAUAUUAUGGCAUGGGAUGGGUGACACAUGCUGUAUUUCUGGAAGUCUGGCAGGAUUUAAGAAGUUCCUUGAAACAAAAAUUCCGGGUGUAUAUGUUAGAUCCCUGAGAAUUGGAAAUAAUACCAUAGAAGACUUUGAAAGUGGUUAUUUUGUGCAUCCGAAUACUCAAGUUGAAUAUGCUUGUAAAAUACUAUCAGAAGAUCCUAAACUCAAAGAGGGUUUCAAUGCAAUAGGUUUCUCUCAAGGCAGUCAGUUUCUUCGAGCGGUGGUCCAACGCUGCGGUACCAAAUUGACAGUCAAAAACUUAAUAUCUUUUGGAGGUCAGCACCAGGGAGUAUACGGGCUACCACAUUGUGGAGUUCUACAACAAGGUCCAUGUGAUUAUGUGAGGGAACUCCUUAAUUACGCCGCGUACAAUCCCUGGGUCCAACGUAGCCUGGUCCAAGCUACAUACUGGCACGACCCUAUCGCGGAAGGCCUUUAUCAACACAAGAGUACAUUCCUCGCCGAUAUAAACAACGAAGUCAAUAUUAACGACACUUAUGUAGCGAACUUGAAUAAGUUAGAACACCUAGUCCUGGUGUUGUUUGAAUCAGACAGCAUAGUUCUACCUAGAGAAUCGGAGUGGUUCGGCUUUUAUGCACCGGGGCAGUCCAAGAAGUUGAUAAAGCUUCAAGAGUCCAGACUAUAUUUGGAGGAUCGUCUCGGACUGAAAAAAAUGGACAAAGACGGCAAGCUCAUAUUCCUAUCGAGUCCAGGAGACCAUUUGCGUCUUUCACAAGAGUUUCUAGAAGACUCCAUUAUCAAACCUUAUCUACUCAAUUAA